AUGGCUGCUCAACCAGCAAAAGUCGGCGCUUCACCAACAGAGAUGAUGAUGGAAGAAGCGACAAUCCCAGGCCAGGACAAGAGCCGCGACCUUGCGCAAGAAAUUGAGAAUUUCCAAGGCCAUAGUACAUCUACCUCGUCAUCUUCACCUGUCGCUAGUUCUCGCAUGUCACCCUUGGACCAGCGCGAAUGUGUAGGAGGCUCUGCGGUCGGGAGCUCCGAGUCUAAUGGCAGGGAGGAAUUUGUGACGAUCUUGCAGUCUCCUGCUCCAAACAUCGGCACCAUUAAUGCCGGAUCUGAUUCAAUCGAGAUACUGGCGGAUGUUAUCCAGCCUUUACACAUGUCGGGAUCAAAGCUCUUUGCCAUGUUAUCUUCUGUGACUUUGGCUACAUUCCUUACCCUGCUGGACAUGUCUAUCAUUGCCACCGCAAUUCCUCAUAUUACCAACGAAUUCAGCUCCCUCGAUGACGUCGGCUGGUAUGGGAGUGCAUAUCAACUUGCAAGCGCGGCCUUGCAGCCUAUUAGCAGUCGGCUGUACACUUAUAUAAACCUCAAGUGGACGUUUCUUAUCUUUUUGACAUUGUUUGAGGGUGGCUCCCUGAUAUGCGGCUUGGCGUCUUCGUCCUUCAUGCUCAUCGUGGGCAGAGCCAUAGCCGGUAUGGGCUCCUCUGGACUGAUGGGAGGCGGGCUCAACAUCAUUGCUGGUGCAGUGCCCAUGCACAAAAGGCCUUUGUAUAUUGGGAUCUUGAUGGGCUUUUCCCAAUUGGGAACGGUAUGUGGCCCAUUAUUGGGCGGAGCUUUCACCCAAUUCGUGUCUUGGCGAUGGUGUUUUUAUAUCAACCUUCCUGCCGGAGGUCUCUCAAUCUUCCUGAUGGCUCUCGUGAUGGUCCCGGAACAAGUCCCACAGCUCUCAGGCCACGCUUUCCCCUCACGCGGUCAUGUCUCCAUUGUCCGCAAGUUCGACUUGGUCGGCUUCAUGCUAAUCGCCGGCGGCUCCGUCAUGCUUCUACUUGCGCUAGAGUUUGGAGGCAAGACGCAACCUUGGGAUAGCUCCGUCAUCAUUGGGCUGCUCUGUGGGGCGGCCGCCGCGUUUGUGGUCUUCGGCCUCUGGAUGUACCGCUUCGGGGACGAGGCGCUCAUUCCCAGAUCAUUGAUCAGCCAGCAGGUCAUCGGCUAUUAUAUCCCCGUCGCUGCCGUCGGGGCAGCCGUCAGUGCGGUGGGUUGUGGUAUGCUCUCUACCCUGUCACCAAAGAGCACAGCAGCUGAAUGGGCUGGCUACCAGUUUAUCGCUGGCGCUGGUAGAGGCUUGUAUCUCCAGAUACCUGUCCUCGCCGUCCAAAGCCACCUUCAGCCCUGUGAUCUUUCGAUCGGCAUGUCGACAAUCGUCUUUGCCCAAACCCUUGGUGCAGCAAUUCUCCUAGUUAUAGGCUCCUCGGUUUUUCUCAACUCGCUUCGUCACGAGAUUCCCGUCGCAGCCCCGGAUGUCGACCUCCCGAAAAUCCUCAAGGCCGGUGCAACGGGAUUCCGCCAGCUUUUCGAGAAGAACUCCUUGCUCCCCGGUAUCAUUAUUUCUUACACGAUGAGCCUCCGAAGAGUGUUUUAUGUCGUCACGGCCAUCGCCUGUCUGGCAUUCUUGAGCUGUUGGGGUAUGGGAUGGAAGAACAUCAAGAAAAAGGAGGCCAAAACUGAAGGGGAGGUUGAGUCUGGGGAAGUUUUAAAUGAGAGGGAAAAGAGGAGAAAGUCUCGGGCGCAGGCUGCCGGGAAUGCGGUCGAAACUGGCGUGCGACUGUCGCUAUCUGCGACUUGA